AUGACGCAGAUAAAGUCUGUUAUUCUGGAGGGAACCAAGUACUUGGUGGAUUCUGCACAACCGCUCGGCUAUCUGAAUGGACAGACAAACGUGGACAAAGAGCCUCUUCCUUCACAGGAGUGCAACCUCGCUGCUCUUUGUGAAAUGGCUAAAGAUCUCCCUCUGGUGGAGGAUGAGGAGCAGGAACGGGGCGCUCAGUUACUUGUUGGCGAGGAUGGCUGUACGUCUCACGUCGACUUGUUCUCUCAGGUGACAGAGAACAAGGCGGACUGGGCUACCGUGGUUACCCUGAUGGGAGAGGAGUAUGUAAUACCCCCACACACGGCUUUCCUGCUGUCUGAUUUCACGAGGAUACAGCCAUUAGUCCACUACGGAACAAGGUUCGACCUAAUCGUUAUGGAUCCACCAUGGGAAAACAAGUCUGUGAAAAGAAGUCGCAGAUACGGCUCGUUGCCCUCAUCCCAGCUAAAGCGGCUCCCUAUUCCCCUGCUGGCAUCUCCAAACUGUUUAGUGGUGACCUGGGUGACAAACCGGCCAAGCCACCUGCGUUUUGUCCGUGAUGAGCUGUAUCCACAUUGGGGCGUAGAAGUUGUGGCCGAAUGGUUCUGGGUCAAGGUCACCACAUUUGGGCAAUUUGUGUUUCCGCUAGACUCACCACACAAGAAACCGUAUGAAGUCUUGGUCCUGGGCCGAUAUCGUUGCUCUGCUGAUAUCUCAGAGAGCCCCUCAGAGACCUCAGAGGUGCCUGUGGAGGAUCAGCGUUUGAUUGUCAGUGUCCCAUCAGCUCUGCACUCUCAGAAGCCUUCGCUGUCAGCACUGCAUACAAAGUAGUACUACUAAAUGACC